GCCUUUCGCAGCCAAGAUGCCAGCGGUUCGAGCACGAUAGUGGACUGGAUUCGAUUUUGCUAUCGUGAUAUCUUUGUCCCCACUGAAUCACGACCAUGUGGAUCAUGAGCCUUUGAAUCCUCCAAGUUCACUCACGAUCGAUCUAUCUCAUCCUCAGUUCUCAGUCACCACGCAUAUUGCCAUCAAAAUGCCAAAACGCCCUCAUAACGAGUCAGCGGCCGCGCCGCCCACGAUAAUACAAACCAGUGAACCCGCUACAAAACGCACAAAACCCAAUGUCGUCGGUCCGUCGUCCCAGAUACCCUCGUGGACAACCUUCACAAAAUGGACCUCCUCCACCAUCACCAAAUCCUAUCCACCUCUUCCCCCGGUCCUAGAUGCCUCCCUGGAGACCGCAGCGCUCACCCACUCAGGCAUGCGCAAGAGCCUAUCCGACCCGAGCUACGAAAAGCUCGAGUGGGUCGGAGACGUGUACCUGGAGCUGAUCGCGUCCGAGUUCCUCUUCCAAACGUUUCCCUCGUUGGACCCGGGCAAGCUGUCGCACUACCGUGAGAUGCUGGUGCGCAACUCGACGCUGGGCCGGUUCUCGGUGCACUACGGCCUGGACAAGCGGGCCAACUUCCCCGCCGAGUUUGGGCUGGGCGGGCGGCCCAACGGGACAAAGGUCUCCGACAAGCAGCGGGCAAAGGCGCUCGGGGAUAUUUUUGAGGCGUACGUCGGCGCGGUGGUGAGGUCGGAUCCGGAGAACGGAUUGCGGAGGGCGGCUGAGUGGAUGAAGGUGCUGUGGGGUCCUGUAUUGGAGAGGCAGAUCCGUGAGGAGGAGAGCGGUGGAGGGGUGAGGAACAAGGAUACCAACCCAAAGACGGAGUUAGAGUCGUUGAUCGGUGCGCCGGGGGUAAAGAUCGAGUACCGGGACAUGCCACCGUAUGGGAAGAAGGACAGGGAUACUGGAAUGGAGCUGUUCUUCGUGGGCUGUUUCUUGAACGGUUGGGGCGAGACGGACUUGCAAUUGGGCUAUGGUCAGGCAGUGGGCAAGAAGGAGGCCGGGCAAAAGGCAGCGGCCAAAGCGCUGGAGAACAAGAAGCUGAUAAAAAGGUUUGCCGAGAAGAAAAAGGCUCUUCAGGCAGCCAGGGCGGCGCAGGCCGAGAAGGCGGCGCCGACAGGAAAGGAGGCGCAAGGCUGACUGCUGAACACAGUCAUGAAUGUAUACACGUGUAGCAUUUUCAAUAUCAAAUCAGGAUACCCAUCG